AUGUCGGAGUUCCAGUUUCCUCCGUCCUCGCCUGUCCUCAACGCCGCAGACUCGGACUUUGACCCGUUCAGACCCAAAGAUUCUGGCCGGGGAAGAACCGAGUAUCCCACGCCUAAUCCUUCUUCGACUGUUGGAAGAUCGUCCUCGCCGGCGCGGGAGAUUGAGAGGGAGAGAGAAAAUGAAGGAAUAAAUCAAAUAACCGAAAGAAAUGACAGCCAAAGAAAUCAAAUAAACGAAAGAGAGAAAGGGGGCGCCAAAAAUUGGGGCGCGCCCCGUGCUGCAAAAAACGGUGUCGUUGGCAACUGGGGCGCCAAUGUCGGCGCGGCCAACAAGUUCCUUGGCUUCAAGACGCCCGAGGCGUGCAGAUCCGCCCGCACCGUCAGCAUCAACCGCGACUUCAACAUUUUGAACCCGGACGCGGCGGUGUUGCGCGUUCCGCUCACCAGCGACAGACCAAGCGUCUUGGUGGGCCGCAGCUCCCGCUCAUGUGACCUUCACUUUAGCACCGCCGACAAGAGCGUCAGCCGCACCCAUGUGCGCAUCGAACACACGCCUAGCACCAUCACCUUCACCUGCUUGGGCCACAAUGGCAUGGGCAUGAUCGUGCCCCGCGUGUGCCACGUAACGUGCGACGCCGAUCACAGGUACGUCUUGCGGGAAACGGGGAAGCCGUUGCCGGCGCCGGCGCUCUCCAAAACCAUCAUCUUGGACUACCAGCACACCGAGUUCCAUGUGGCUCGCGGCGAGCGCGUGGAGAUGCCGCGCUUUGCCAACAUCUUGUUGCAGGUCCGCAGCCAUGUGCUCUUGGUGAAUCCGGACGAUUGCGACGAGGAGGUGACUGACGACGAGCAGCCGGAGCUUGCAAAGACGGGCACAGAGGCUUUGGUCAAGGCAAGCAGCUCUACGCCGCAAGUCACCGCUGCCGCUGCUCCGCGUACCCCACAGAAGCGCGUGUCGGCGUUUCCAGUGGAGGAGGAGCGCACGCCUCUGAAGCAAGCAAAGCCAUCCCAGCCAGCCUUGCCGCCAAAACCAGUGCAGUCAAAACCAGUCAUGCCUCCAAGAAAAAUCGUCCAACCGCUGCUGCAGUCUCGUGUGGUCAAACAAGCACACCCAAGAACUACAGAAACUCAGCAAAGAACAGUGGACAAGCCAGCACAGGCGACGCCUGCGCAAGUGCAAGUGCAAACACAGGCAACGGUGCCCCAGUUCAAACGAGCAAUGACUCCGUUGGCAUGUGUGACCAAUGCCCCUCAAACGCCUCCAGCCAAAAGACGUGCUGUGAGCGAAGAACCUGCAAAGAGACCAAAACAUGAACACAGAGCGGACUACAAAGAAAGCAGACCAGAACACAAGACUGCCCAUAAGGCAGAACACAAGCCUGAACCUUUGGCAUCUGAUAGAGACAAGGACGGUAAGGUGAUCAUUGACGCCUCGUGCAUUUCUAACAUCAGUGACCGUGCAGAGGUGGAGAACAUAUUAAUCAACCAUUUAGCAUUUUCGCGGCUUUCAUCGACCCCCGCGUCCUUCUUGAAUACCAUCCUGGCAGCAGUAUCACAGCUUUCGCUAGCGCAACUCCGUGCCGUCCUUCAUCAUGUACAAUGCAUUGGUGUCAUCUAUCGCCAGGGUAAGGAUGCUGCAGGCAAGCCUUUGGAAGAAGAAUACUACUACAUUCCUGAAGCAGACACGGAUCCUGAGCGGCAAAAGUUGGUGGCGCUGAUCAAGGGCCAUGGGGGCUUGCGGGCAUGCAGAAGAACACACAAACAGUACUACUGGAAGAAGCCUGCGCCUAUCAAGAAGUAA